UUUAUUAUUUAUAAACUAUGGAGUAGCCACAGGAAUCAGGAAUAUUUACAAGAGGAAUAAACAUACUAAGAAAUGUCGUCAAAAAAGCAAUUGUUGUCAUUAUAUAAAUCUUUGAUAAGAGAGUCUCAGCAGUUUGCCUCUUACAAUUUCAGAAGCUAUGCCGUUCGCCGAGUAAGAGACAGCUUUAGAGAAAAUAAGUUUUUGAUGGAUGUAGAAGUAAUCCGUACUAAAUUAAUAGAGGGUCAAAAUAACUUAGAAUUAAUUAAAAGACAGGCACUCAUCAGUCAAAUGUACAAAACGGAUAAAUUGGUUAUAGAAAAUAUGAAUUCCUAGGUAAUAAAUAAACACAACUGUUUAGUAUUCGAUAGUACUUAAUUUAUUAAUUAUUGUUUUUCUAUAAAUUUAACCAAAU